AUGGGUAGUUUAUUGUCAUGCUCAACGCGGAAGAUCGAUGCAAGAAUUCGAACAAAAGAUGGAAAUGAAUUACGAAUCUCUCAAAAAGACUUAGUUGAGCACAUCUUGUUACUUCGCCAAGUGAUUGCUCAUCCAGAAAUGACUAACGACGGACAAAGAUUGGAUCACUUCAUUAACGAUUAUUGUGAACGAAUGGCGCGACUAGAAAUAAUUAACAAAGAUCAACACAUGCACCUUCCAUGGGAAAUUGAAUGGAUUUGGCACGUUCAUCGUCUUCAUCCUGUAAACUAUAGCAACGAUUGUACUAAACAACUUUCAGAUGGAGAAAUCCUCGAUAAAAAAGUUCUUAAAUAUCUACCUAAUCCUGAAAAGAAACAUGAUUCACAGAUUACAUCUUCAUCCACAAAAACCCGUUCAUCAUUCGUUCCCUCGAUCGAUUUGAGAGAAGCCAUCAUUCAUCAACGUGGUUUUCUUGAAAAAUUUAGAGAACAUUAUCUGUAUUCCUUCAACUUAAGAACUAUGCAUCGUUCAGAAUUCCUACGUUUGGUACUAAAUUAUAUAUAUUUCAUGAGAUUGCCUCACAAAAACCAAACGAUCGUACCAACUUUUGAUAUUGAUUUGAUAUGGCGUACACACAUGAGAAAUCCAUCACAGUAUCAAACUUUUUCAACAGAUUCCUGUGGUUUUAUUCUCGAUCAUUAUGAUGAGAUUGAGUCAAAUAUCGUAAAUAAUACUUAUCAGAAAACCGCUAAGCGAUUGGAGAAUACUUCUAAAUCAGGUUAUGAUGACAAUGUUGAUCAGAAACGUUUAGAAACAUCAGAAUACACAAGUUUAUCAGCAAAAGUUUCAGUGCCGAUUCAUAUUUCGAGUGCUAAUAGAGCAUUGUUAUAUAGUGCGAUCGAAGACGGUUGCGAAUCGGAUCAUGAAACCGGAGAGUAUCAUGAAGGUGGAGACUUUGGAAGUGGAGGAUGUGUUGGUAGAGCUGCCGACGAUUAA